AUUUCAUGACUUUUUUUAAGUUAAAAAAUAUGCACAAUUCUUGAACUGCAUUAUUUUUCGGACACUUCACAGGUUUACGAACUCUCUGAAACCCCGAAAUUAUUCAAACGGUCUCCUUUCAGCAUUCUAUUGAGCGUUUAAACUGUUACAGAAUUCUUCAGUUCACGAAUUCCUUACAUCUCCAACACAUGUAUACAUUUUUGUGCCUUCACAGCUGCGAGUAGGUUGAAGGGCCGCCAUGAUCUAAGGGACGCCAAACUCUCCCACGCCCCUACCAAGGCUUGUCUACAAAAUGUGAAGCCAUAGACAAUGCAUGAACUGUUGGUGCUGAAUGCUACAAAAGAUAAUUGAUUGCCAAAUAGCUGCGCAAAAUGGGUCUAUUGAACAGACUUAGAAACUUUCAUGCAAACGGUACUCGCAGGUGCCCUAGUUGCUAAGGUUGCUUCUAGACUUUCCCACGUUAUCAACUCGAUUUAAAUACGAUAUUCCGCUCGUGAGGGUUUUUCAGGUCCAAGUUUCCAUUAAUGAAAAGAUGAUCUAGAGCUGGGAGGACAAACUGAAUGAGGAUCGUACUCGUGUCUACAUUAAGGUCCUAUGCAGUCAAACAGGCAGCUGUUAUUGCAUAUGCUCAUGUAUGUGCAAUUUUCAGUUCUAGCCCACCAUCAUCCAGUGGUCUAUAAAUUUCUGCCAUGGCUGGGAGUCCUGCUGAAAGAUUCAUUGGAUGGGCUUUGCCUCAGCUUGGAGAAGGAAGUGCUGAUCCUGCUGCUGUAGAGUUGGCUCUGGCAGGGCUUCAUGAGUUUUUCAGUGCAGGAGAUGCAAAUGGCAUUGAGCGGUAUGCCUCACCUGUUAUCAGAGCAUGCAAAGAGCUUUUGGAAGAUGAGAGAACCUCCUUAAGUCUUGUUCGGUCUCUUCUGAAUUUGCUCACAGUUCUCUCAGUGAAAUUUACACGUCAUUUUCAGUCUCAUUUUGCAGAUAUUGUAGAUCUGUUACUUGGGUGGGCCCUUGUACCAGAUCUUUCUGAGACAGAUAGAUGCUUAAUUACAGAUAAAUUUUUGCAGUUUCAAAAGCUUUGGGCAGGCAACUUGCAGUUCUCGGCCAACUUGUUAUCUAAGUUUCUGGGAGAUAUGGAAGUACUGGCUCAUGAUGCUACUCCUGGAACUCCCCAACAAUUGCGAAGGUUGCUUGCACUUGUUUCCUGCUUUGUCAUAGUUUUACAAGCCACAGCAACUGGCAUGCUAGAAAUGAACUUGCUUGAACACAUUAUUGAGCCACUUCAGGAAAUGGUUCCACGUCUGCUUACGUGCUUGUUAAUGGUUGCCCAAAAUUUUGGCGAUGCUAGAUGGCUGAAGGAAUCUUCCAGGUGCUUGAUUCUUUUGGCUGAUAUACUAAAGGAACGGUUUGUAAAAUUUUACCCUGCUGCAAUGGAUGUAUUGCUCCAAUGUCUGGGAACAAAGAGUGCUGUUGUUUCUGGUGCUAAUGUAUUCUCAUCCAGCAAAGUUCAGGCAGUGGUAAAAACCAACCUUCAGUUGAUGUCUUCACAAAGACUUGCUCUUGAAUCAUCAUCAGUUCACAUGGUCCUUAAAGUGGAUUCAUUUUUUGCAUAUUUACGCUUGCAUCCAAAUCAUCUUGUAACAGGGUUGGUUUCAGCUACUUAUAUUUUUCUGCUAAAGCAUGGGUCCAAUGAUGUAGUGUCACAGGCUAUUUUAUCUAUCACAUCAGAAUUAGAAUUGCUCACAGGCUUGCUUUUGAAUGCUCACUCUCCAGGAAAUGAUAACCAGGAUAUUCUUGGCGUCCAACAAGAACCCAAUGAGAGAAGUUAUGAUCAAGUUGCAGUUUAUUCGUUUGGAAGGUUUCUUUCAGAAUUUGAAAUUUCGGCCUUGAUAAGGUUUGAUUUAAUGGUUUUAAUUAAUUCUUUGAUGGACACAGGCAAAGGACCUGUUGAUUCAAUGUCAGCAGUCAACUAUAGGCUCAAAAAAGCAGAAGAAAUUUGCUAUUUUAUCUUAGAAAAGCUGAAUCCUUUCAGGAAUCCAUUUCCAUGUCAUGCAGAUCUCCAGUUUGCACUUAUUCAGGCUUUACACAGGCUUUCUAAUUUCACUGUUUGUGGAAAAAAUACAAUCAUUGAGGCAUUUGCUAAAAAGCUUGAGGUUUCCUCUGAGUAUAAGGGAGGAUCACAGAUAUCAGCUCAGAGAAGGAAGGAAAUAAGCAUGGCAGUAUCCAAUAACAUAAAUGUCUAUGGCUCAUGCAUUGCCAAAGCUCUGAAUAUCUCAUCUGGUCUUUCUGUCAAGUUGGAAGCGUUGGACUGGAUUAAUAGCUUUUGUGAGAGCUUGAUGACCAUCAACAGUGAUGAUGAUUCUUUUCAAUGUUUCUGCAAUCAAGGUAAUGCAGAUUUUCAAACAUGUUGCCAUACUGGAUUAAGCAGGAAUAUAUUGUUUGCAGUUUUAAGUGCAGCAUCAGACAGAGAGUUGAAAGUUAGAUUUCGGGUUGCAUCAGUGCUGGAGAAACUUUUGCAAGCCAAACUAAUAUAUCCAGUAUACUUAGCAGCAGUUGCAGAUGUGGCCCUAGAAAAGCUUGGAGACCCCGAUUCCUCAUUACAAAUUGCUUUUAGAAAAGUUCUUUCACUAGUUGUCAUUUCUGCGAUGUAUUUGGGAGGUUGUAUUGAGAUUGAUGAGGACACUGCUUACCAGAAAAGCAUGGCUUGUGUCAAAAUGGGUACAAAGAAAUACUGGCACUGGAAGAAAGUGUUCGCAAUCAAGCACUUUUCACAAUCAUCACGACCACAGCAGCUUGUCUCAGUUUUGAACUAUAUUUCCCAGCGGUGGCAGGUUUUUCCCUCUGGUUGGCUCCAACGUCUUGUUCUUAGCUAUUGUGGAAAUUUAAAGAGCAGGCUUCCAAAAUCAAAUAAAGAUUCAGCUAAUUCUGAAGUAGGUGGCCUGUGGAUAGACCGUAAUGUAGAUGGUGAAAUGCUUGAGAGAGUAUGUUCCACCAACAAUCUUGCUGCUGCCUGGUGGUCUAUACAUGAAGCAGCUCGACACUGCAUCACCAUUUGCCUUCGCACUCAUCUUGGUCGACCCACUCAAACAUUUGCUGCAUUGGAGCGAAUGCUGUUAGAUGUUGCCCAGUUAUUGCAAGUUGAUCCUGGGCGACGUGAAGCAAGUAGUGGCAUAGGCUCCCCAAGUGUUCAUUUAUUACCAAUGAGGCUAUUGUUGGAAUUUGUGGAAUCCUUGAAGAAACAAAUUUAUAAUGCAUAUGAUGGUUCAGCUGUGUUACCAGCUGCACCCUCCCAAAGUGUUAUAUUUUUUCGUGGAAAUAAAAAGGUUUGUGAGGAGUGGUUUGCUCGCAUAUGUGAGGCACUAAUGAAUGCUAGCUUGGCAAUCCAAUGUAAUUCUGGUAUAAUUCAUUAUGCAGCAAUACGGUUGCAAGAUCUUAGAAAUGCUGCUGCAACAACACUAAUAAAGGAUAUUGCACGAAGCCAAACGGUGGAUAACUCACAAGGACUGAGAACCAAAAUGUUAAAUGAUGUGCUCCGAGUCCUGCGCCACGCAUCACUAGCCUUUUGUAGAGUUAAUGAGUCAGAUGCCAUAGUGGGUCUCCAGACAUGGGCAGCAUCAACAUUUGGUGCACUUACUACAGAUGAUGGUACACCUGGACAGAAAAGCAUGGACACCUCUGGACUAUUUGGAUGGAUGACAGGGCUUGUACAUCAAGCAAAGGGGCAAUAUGAAAAAGCUGCAGCUCAUUUUACACAUUUGCUCCAGUCUGAAGAUGCGCUUGGUUCCAUGGGAGCUGAUGCAGUUCAAUUUGUCAUUGCACGUAUAAUUGAAAAUUAUGUAGCUCUUGCAGAUUGGAAGUCUCUAGAUCACUGGCUGCAAGAACUGCAACUGCUGCGUGCUAAGCAUGCAGGAAAAUCCUAUUCUGGAGCAUUAACAACAGCUGGCAAUGAAAUGAAUGCAAUCCAUGCUCUAGCUAGCUUCGAUGAGGGAGAUGUACAAGAUGCAUGGGGAUACCUGGGCUUGACACCACAGAGUAGUAGUGAACUUACAGUAGAUCCAAGGCAGGCUAUUCGAAGAAGUGAACAGAUGCUCUUGCAGGCAAUGCUUCAUAGAGAUUCCAAGGAAGAUGUGAUAAAGAUGGAAAUAGAAAGGGCAAAGGCAAUGCUGGAGGAAGCUUUGCUGGUUUCGUCAAUUGAUGGCAUGCGUGAAGCAGUAGCAUAUGCUACCCAAUUUCAUUGUAUUUAUGCUUUUGAAGCUGGGUGCAAGCUUGUUGCUUGCCGGGAUGAAUUUGGGGACUUUUCCUCAGUGUCUAGUUCUUUACAGCAAGUAGUUAAAGUUCCAAUGAAUGUGAUGCAACAAGAUUGUCUCUUGUGGUUGAAACUCUUGCGUGUUUAUCGUACUGUGCUGCCAGAAUCGAAGUUAACUUUACAUCUCUGUCGACAACUGAUUAGAUUAGCUCGCAAACAGACCAAUUUCAAAAUGGCUCAUCGGUUGCAUCGACAGUUGUUGGAUGGAGUUUCAAAAUGUAAUGAUAGCAAAUUUAGUGAAUGGAUUUUGUCAAGCUUACAGUAUGAACGUAUUCUACUACUUUUUGCAGAGGGGAACUCAGAGGAAUCCAUAUCAGAGCUUUGGUCAUUGGUUCGUUCUUACAUACCAGUUUCUCCAGCGUCUGUUGUUUCUGCAUUUGAUAACUCAAUGAAAGCUAAGGCUUGUCUGAAACUCUCAUCCUGGUUAAAGCAAACUUAUUCAGAAAUACAUUGGCCAAACUUCCUUACAAAGAUGAAUUUAGAUAACCUUUGGUUCAAAUCAUGUGAAUUUACAUCAAACGUGGAGGAGGGAUCCUCUUCAAGGGAAGCCAACUUGAUGUCAGUCACCAGUUACACAUUGAUUGUUGAAGAGGUUGUGGGUGCUUCUAUAAAGACAUCCACACUUUUGUGCCCAAACAUGUCUAAGGCAUGGCUUUCAUAUGCUUUGUGGUGUUAUGAUCAUGCCAAAGCAUCACUUUCUGGAGAUCACCCAGUAUUAAAGUCAUGCCAUUUGUCACAGAUUCUAGUUCAGGAGCUUUCUUCUGCAGACUCUUCUUUACUUGAGGAAGAGGUAAUGAGUGUGCGAGCCAUCAUCAUGAGAUUCUUCUUGAAAAAUGAGAUAACAAUGUCGCUUAGCGAGGAAAUGCGACACUGGCCAGACACUGAAGUACACAGGAAAAGUUCAGUCAUAAACUUUGUAGAACUAUUGGUACAGCGCAUUGUUUAUAUCAUGCAGUCUGCUGCAGGGGCAGCAGGAGUUGAAAAUGCAGAUGGAGAAAGUGCAUCUUCUCUUUUAUUUUCUCAACUUCAUCGAGAAAUGCUGAAAAUCAAUCAAGAGAUAGAUUCAUCUGUUUUCAUGCCAUUGAUAAAUGAUUUGAUGGACAUCUGGUGGGUUUUGAGGAGACGACGGGUAUCACUGUUUGGCCAUGCAGCCCGUGGCUUCUUACAGUUUCUUUCACUAUCAAAUAGGAUGCAUAUUGAAAAGCAUAAUCGGAAAAGCUGUAAUUUAGAACUUUCAAAACAUGUAAGGGAAGACUACAUUCUCAAAGCAACUUUGUAUGGCUUACAUAUUCUUGUGAAUUUUGGAGUUGAGUUAGAAGACGCAAUAGAACAAGGUCUUAUGACAGUGUCCCCUGUACCAUGGCAGGAAAUAAUCCCCCAACUAUUUGCACGGUUGAGUACUCAUCCUGAGAAAAAGGUUCGUAAACAGUUGGAAAACUUAUUGAUGACAUUGGCUAAGUUAUCUCCCUGGGCUAUAGUCUACCCUACACUUGUUGAUAUUAAUGCUUGUGAGGGUGAACCAUCAGAGGAGCUCCAGCGUAUAUUAGAUUGUCUGGGUAAAGUUCAUCCAAAGCUUGUUCAGGAUGUACAACUAAUGAUUGUGGAACUUGGAUCAAUCACUGUUCUUUGGGAGGAGCAGUGGCUUAGCACACUACAAGAUCUUCAUGCAGAUGUCAUGAGACGCAUAGCUACACUGAAAGAAGAGGUUUCAAGGGUGGCAGAGAACAUGACCCUAACCCAUAGUGAGAAAGUGAAAAUCAAUGCUGCUAAAUAUUCUGCCAUGAUGGCACCAAUUGCUGUGGCCUUGGAACGCCGUCUAACUUCAACGUCUCGGAUGCCAGAAACUGCUCAUGAGGCUUGGUUUCAAAAUGAAUAUGGUGAACAAAUCAAAGAUGCCAUAACAAGUUUUAAGACACCCCAUUCAACUGCUGCUUCACUUGCUGACGUGUGGCGACCUUUUGACAUCAUUGCCGCGUCUUUGGCAAACCAUCAGAAGAAGCCUUCAGUCUCUCUUGGUGAUAUUGCUCCAAAACUUGCACACCUGUCUUCUUCUGAUGCUCCAAUGCCUGGCCUUGAGAAACAGAUUUUAAUGUCUGAUUCUGAAGCUGAAGGCAGUGAUCACCUGUGCCCAGUUACAGUUUCUUCUUUUAGUGAACAAGUAACUAUUCUGGCAACAAAGACAAAGCCAAAGAAAUUGGUUUUCCUGGGUUCAGAUGGCCAAAGAUAUACUUACCUUCUCAAGGGCAGGGAAGAUUUGCGACUUGAUGCGAGAAUUAUGCAGCUUUUGCAUGCUAUAAAUGGAAUGCUAAAUGGAAGCUUAAAUAUGCGCAGUCGUUUGCUAGCUGUUCGCUACUAUUCUGUCACUCCUAUAAGUGGUCGGGCUGGUUUAAUCCAAUGGGUGGACAAUGUUGUAAGUAUGUACAGUGUAUUCAAAGCCUGGCAACAGAGAGUGCAGUAUUCCCAGUUUGCAUCUACUGUUGGUGGAACUGCAGCAGCAAAUAUUCCACCUGUUCCACGUCCAAGUGACAUGUUCUAUGGAAAGAUUAUUCCAGCACUAAAAGAAAAAGGAUUACGUAAAGUUAUCUCACGCCGGGAUUGGCCUCAAGAAGUGAAAAGAAAGGUGCUUCUGGACCUUAUGAAAGAGACUCCUCGUCAACUACUUUAUAAGGAAAUUUGGUGUUCAAGUGAGGGGUUGCAAAAUUUCAGUUUGAAGUUAGGAAGGUUUUCUGGAACUGUAGCUGCAAUGAGCAUGGUGGGGCACAUUUUGGGUUUAGGUGACAGACAUUUGGACAAUAUUUUAAUGGACUUCAGCACUGGUGAUGUUGUUCAUAUAGAUUACAACGUGUGUUUUGACAAAGGACUUAGAUUGAAGAUUCCUGAGAUAGUACCAUUUCGCCUUACUCAGACUAUGCAGGCAGCUUUAGGACUUACAGGAAUAGAGGGUACAUUCAGAGCAAACUGUGAAAUGGUGAUUGAUAUUUUACGGAAAAACAAAGACAUAAUCUUGAUGCUUCUAGAAGUAUUUGUAUGGGACCCAUUGAUUGAGUGGAUGCGUGGAGAUGGCCACGAUGAAGCAACAAUUGGUGGAGAGGAACGGAAAGGUAUGGAGCUGGCAGUCAGUUUAAGCUUGUUUGCUUCUCGGUUUCAAGAAAUCAGAGUACCACUUCAGGAGCAUCAUGAUCUGCUGUUAGGAACCCUUCCUGCAUCUUCAUCAGCACUUCAGAAUUUAGCAGAUGUGCUUGAUCGAUAUGAGACAAUAUCCACUUUGUUUGGUCAUGCUGAGCAAGAGAGGUCAAAAUGUGUUAUGGCUGAAGCAUCUGCAAAGUCAAUUUUAAUAGAGGCAGCAGGCAAUCUUGAGAAAGUUCGGUUAGCUUAUGAAUUACAAGCACAUGAAUUCGCUCAGGCAAAGGCACUACUCACUGAAACUGCCCAAAAGGCUUCUACAUGGAUUGAACAACAUAGUAGGGUUCUCGAUGCAUUGCGUAAUGGUUCUGCUCCAGAGCUUCAGGUUAUUGGGAAAACAUCUAGUGCAGCAGAGGCUUUGUCUCUAACAUCUGCUGUCUUGGCUGCUGGAGUUCCAUUAACAAUUGUUCCUGAGCCUACCCAAGUGCAUUGCCAAGAGGUUGAUAAGGAGGUUGAAUGCCUUACAAAAGAACUCCAUAAAGCUGUUGUGCAAGCAGCAAAGGCAUUGCAGUCUUAUUCUGUGGCUUUACAAUGUCUUCUUCGAGGAAAUUAUAUUGCUAGUAGUCAGAUGCAUAGUUGGGCACAAGUUUUGCAAUUAUGUGUGAGGCAACUUUCACCUGAAGUACUUGCACUUUCCAGAAGACAAGCAUCUGAUCUUGUUGGAAAGGGCCAGGGUGAGCAUGCAGACAUUAUACGUCAGAAUUAUGAAACACUUUGCAUAAAAAUUGACAUGGUUGAUAAAGAAAUAAGAAAAAUUCAAGAGGACUGUUCUGAACUAGAGGCAUCAAUUGAGUCAGAAAAUGAAUAUAAAGCUAAGGACCGAUUACUGGCCAUUUUCACAAAGCAUUUGCAGCCUAAUGUCCAUUUUGGGAAAGAUGAUGAUACAUUUACUAGGGUCUCAGGAUAUAACAGACAGGAUGAAAUGAAGGAACGUGAUAUGGGUUUUGCAAACCUUGAUGAAAAGAGGGUUAAAGUACUAACAGUUUUGCAUGUUGCUGCAGCUUCUCUGUAUUGUGAGAUCAAAGGGAAAAUAUUUAACAUUUGCAACUCUUUGACAGAUAGAAUUACCUUAGGACCAGGAGAAGAUAUAGGCUCCCAAAAUUGGAAAUGGUGUUUACCUGAUUUGGAAGAGCAAAUUGGGAGAUGUGCACUGGUUAUAAAUAUUGUCAAUGAAGUUCAGCAACUGAGUGGGCAAAACUUUAUCCAACGUGGCUCACUUUUGUGGGAUACAACAGGUUCUGGUGAUGAUAACUGGAACUUGAGCAUUCAAGGUUGUUUAACUGCAAGCCAUAGCUUGGUGAGCCAAAUGACAGGACUUGCACUUCCAGAAGCAAUGAAAUCAGUUCUUUCUCAGAACCCUGCUAUUAUGGAGGCAUUUGGUUCACUUUCACAGAUAAGAGGGGCAGUAGAUACAGCACUGGAACAGUUGGCUGAAAUAGAAAUACAGAGAUCUUCCUUGAUAGAACUAGAGAAAACUUACCAUGAAAAUGUUGAAGAAAUAACCAAAAAGAAAGCAUCACUUGAAAUGGCUAUUGAAGAGGGUAGGGAUCACUUGUCUUGGGAAGAAGCAGAAGAGCUUGCAAGUCAAGUAGAAACUUAUCGAGCCCAGCUAGAUAAACUGAGAAAUGCAUGGGAACAACGGGACAUCCAAACUUCCGCACUUGCUAGGAGAGAGCUAAGUGCACAAGGUGCUUUAGUAGCAGCAGAACAACGGUUCGAGUCUCUUGUGACCUUUGAAUGUGAUGGAGACAUGCAUCCUACAAGGGGAUAUCUUUUACUUGCAACAUUUGCUAGGCCGUUUUCGGAGCUAGAGUCCUUUGAUCAAAAGUUGGCUGCAUUUGGACACGAGUCCUCAAAGAAGAGUUCAUCCAAUCAAAUAGAGAUUGUAAGCUCUGGCUUUUCUGGGUUUCAGUCAGUCUGGAAGGCUACUAACAUGUUAAAAGAUCAUACCUUUUUUGUGUGGAAAGUUGGUAUCAUUGAUGCUUCACUUGAUUCAUGUAUUCGUAAUGUGGCAUCUGCCAUAGAUCAUAAUACCUUGGGAUUUGACCAAAUAGUUAGCAUUCAGAAGAGGAAGCUUGAAAUACAAAUUGAAUACUACCUAGAUCAGUAUCUCCGGGAAAGACUUGCACCGAUUUUUCUUGAAUGCCUGGAAAAAGAAGAAGAUUCAUUGAAGCACAUUUUACAGGAAAAUAGAGAGCUUGAAUCUAAUAUAGCAAAGAAAGAAUUUGAAGCUGUGAAACGGGCUCAAGGUCUUCUUGUUGAAUAUAGUAAUGCACAUGAAACUGCACGUGCUGCAAAAGCAGCGGCUUCUGCAAUGAAAUUACAAGUGAGGGAGCUGAGUCAGGAUCUUCAAAAAGCAAAACUUGAGGCUGCACAAUUAGAGUGGCUGCAUGACUAUAUACUCCCUCUUCCAGAGAAAGGUAGCAUCCUUACACAGGGUUGUGCAAAUGAAGAUAAACUGCCACCCAGCUUUAUCAUGCUUAACCGAAGAAACUUGUUAGACAACAUUCGAUCUGCAAUGUCUGCUAUAAAUAGGGCUACUGAAGAUCUACGAAGUUGUGAGAGGUCUGCCAUUUCCACUGAAGAACAACUUGAAAGGGCCAUGGGAUGGGCAUGUGCAGGUCCCAGUACUGGUGGUGGCUCAAACAAUUCAAGUAGAGGGAUGGGAAUUCCACCUGAAUUUCAUGAGCAUCUUCGUCGCAGGAAGCAUUUGUUAUUAGCAGGAAAAGAACAAGCUUCAGGUAUACUGAAGCUCUGUGCUGCUGUUUCAGACUUUGAAGAUUCUAGGGAUGGCUUCCUAAGGCCACUUUCAGAUGUAACACCGGGUGGAUCUUUAAGUGAUGGUAAAGCUUGGCAGCAAGGAUUUCUGAAUAUUGUUUCAAGAUUGGAUCAUUCUUACCAUUCAUUUACUCGUGCGGACCAUGAGUGGCACCUAGCACAAAAGAGCAUGGAAGCAGCUACUGCAAGCCUAUCCACUGCUACAAAUGAUUUGCGUCUUGUAUCUAUGAAGUCGAAAUCUACUUCAGGUGAGCUUCAAGCUACACUUUCAAGCAUGCGGGAUUGGGUAGUUAAAGCGAGCGAGGAGCUGUCUGCAUUUUGUCGUGUGGCAAGGAGCAAUUCUGCUCUAACAACUGAGACUGGAUCUAUGCUUGAAGAGGUUCUAGCAAUAACAGAAGGGGCAGAAGGUGCGCAUGAUGUGUAUAGGUUGGCCAAAGAUGUUUCUGUGCAACAUAGUAAUUUAAUGUCUGAACUUAACAAGGUCACCUUUUUACUUCUUCCUCUGGAGUCUACAUUGGCUUCUGCAUCAAGUGCAAUAAUUGGUAUCAUCAACAGAGAGGGAGGACAGAAGCUGGAAGUCUUUCCAGGACAGGGCCAAGCAAUAUUCCAGUCUCUUCAUUCAAAUCUUGGAGAAGUUCGACCCAUUUUGACAACUGCUGUUCCAGUACUUCUGAACACUGUGAAAGAGUUACAUAUAGCUUUGACAAGACUCGCACGCACUGCAAGCUUUGAUGCUGGUGUGCUUCAUAAAGCUCUUGAAGGUGUUGGGGAAAGUCAGGAAGCACGAUCACAAGAAUUAGAUUUGGUUGGGCCUGAACUUGAUGGAGAUGAAGUGCUUAACAUAAAUCAAGAUAGAAAUCUUGCAGAAGCAGUUAGGGACAAUGAUGAGCAUAGAAGAGAGUCAGUAACUGAUGAAGAAAUUCUUCUUCAAGCUGAUGAAGAGUCCUGGAUUUCACCACCUGACAGCUUAGAAACCAGUGGGUCUGAAUCUGAUGGUAAUUCCUCACAGAGCACCAUCUACCAAAAUCAGGAAGAACCUGUGGGUAUCUUUAAUGACUGGGAAUCUCAUGUAAGUGGAGCUGACAUGAUUAGGUUUAGUGGAGGAGAGUUGGAAGAUGCCUCAAGAUAUACAGUAAAUGAGGAUAUUCUUUUUACUUCUCCAUCCUUCAUUGCAAACAGCCAGGAAGAUCCUGCAAUGGUUCCAAUUAUUGGAACAGAUGGCAAAUUUGAAGUUCCUUACAUGGGGAAUAAUCAGGUUUGUACAGGCAGCAAUCAAAUUCACUUUUCAAAGGGCACAAAUCAGAAGCCAGAGGGCUCACAGGCAUCGGUAAGUUUGACAAAGGCUAGUUCUGAAAUCCUAAGCAGUACACACAUAAAUGUGUCAGAAAUAGGGAUUAGCUAUUUGAAUGCUACUGAAAAACAUCAGACUGGAGAGUUACAACAGGGAAUGAAGCAGAAACAGCUUCAUUUAACAACAGAUAAAGGCGGGGUUGGAAGCUACAAUGAUUUAUCUACUUUAUUUUCAUCUAUGAAGACAGAACAAAGAAGUCACACUUUUAGGGGUAAGAAUGCUUAUGCAGUAUCAGUGCUAAAACGUGUUGAGGCAAGGCUGGAAGGCCGAGACAUUGAUGGGAAAAGACAAUUUACUGUUUCAGAACAAGUGGACCAUCUUAUUCGUCAGGCUACAAGCAUUGACAACUUGUGCAACAUGUAUGAGGGUUGGACACCCUGGAUAUGAUGCCUCAAACAAGAAUUUUUGUGAGAAGGUGUAUUUCAUUUCAGGCUGAUUGAUAUACCUAUUAUAUGAUGUUCUAGAAAGUGCAUUUAUCACAGACCUCUGAAGUUCAGUUGCUGUCUUUCUUCAUUUGGACUGUCUACAAAUAUUUGCACGAGUCUUUAUGAUCAAUUCAGAGAAUAUAAGCAGUCCAAGUAAAUUCGUCCAGCAUGGCAGCAUCAUAUCGGACAUGUAAGGAUUGGUUGCUUCAGCUGCAUAAAAAACCAAACAUUCUCCAUUAAAUAAGGUUUCUGGGCCUUGUCUCAAAACUGAGUUGAGCAUUGCUGAAGACACCCUCGCUGUAUUCCAAGUGGAGAAGAUGCUGGGAGAAUCGGGAGGAAUCAAGAUGUUCAGUUCAUAUGCCACUGGAAUUCUUUGGAGGAGUUUGGCACUUCUGAUGUCAUGGUGAACUGAAGUCUGAUAUAGAUUGGAUUUCUGAAUUUUUUUUGUAUUUAUGUUUUUUUCAAUAAAUACCACAGUGGUCUCUAAAACAUUGCUAAAAAUCACAAUACCACAUUGUGGAUGUUAGCCUAGGGUUAAAGUGAAAAGAGAUGAGAAUUGAAAAGGGUUCUAGUUGCAGCUAUCUUCUUUGUAACCAGACAACCAUCAUGAUGCCAAGCCUUGAUAAAAUGCUAUCAAUAUUUUCUGGAGAGGCGAAACGCCAAAAUGUGAUUAGUAAAGCUGUUGUAGUUUAUGGAUGGGUCUCUGUAAAUCACAUUUUAAGGUACUUUUACAAUUAUCUUAUUGUAGUAAAGCAGAUUAGUUUUCUUUCUGUCAA